AUGGCCAACAACGCGACGUCCUCUCAGCACUCGAAAAGAGACUCUUCAACGGACUCUGAUCCGUCCACAUCGCGCGCAGACACGAGACCCGACGCAGACUCCAACUCCAGGGAAGAGGUCAAAAUCUACAAGACCAUCUCACGAGUGCAUCGCGCCUGCAACGCCUGUCGCAAGCAAAAGGCGAGAUGCGACGGUCCUGAGAACCCACCAUGUCGUCGAUGCAAGCAGGUCGGCAUCGAAUGCGUGUUCGAGAAGCCGCCCAAAGAUCCGGCGUCUUCCGCGUCGGCAGCACUGGAUGCUGGUGCCAGCUCGGACAGGAUCAGGAUGCUCGAGAGUCAGAUGUCAGGGAUGCAAAGCAUGAUAUCUGAGCUUGUCGCUUCCAUCAAGGCCAACACCAGUGCUAUCACUGCACCACCGCAGGCAUCGCAUCCUCUGCCACCGCACCAUUCUCCACAGGCAUCGAAUGCGUCUUCGUCUUCACCUGGCUCUUCCAGAGCUUCGAGAUCGGAUCCGUACCACCAUCAUCGUCAGCAUAACAUUCCGCUGCAACAACGCCAUCCGUAUGCUCCACCUCCGCAUCAUCGCGGUUCGCAGCAAGCCGUCAUCUCGCCAUCUGCCGAGACGUUCCAGAGGUAUCCAGCCGAGGCGACCUCAACGUCUCAUCCGCAGCGUCCGCCUUAUCCUCCUCCCGGCAGAUCUUUCGGUAGCAGCAAUAGUGUAGCAGGCGUCGGGUCGAGCUCUCUACAGUCUAUCCCGGUGCAUGGCGCUGCAGCAUAUCCGCUUCAGCAGCCUCCUUUUCAGACAGCUUACGGCCAUCCCCCAACAAAAUCCGAUCAGAAUCUUCUGCAGCAACCACAACAACUGCCGCAACAUCAGCAGCAACAGCACGAAGUCGAAGCUUUCAGCCAUCAAAACAUGUGGAAUACUACUGGUGGCGUGAACGCUGCUGCUUCUUCCUCCUCGCAAGCAACAACAGAACGCCUCAGGCGUAGGAGCGGUUCCCGCGUCGGAUUCGAUCAGGAAGAUCGAGGUCGAAAGGGUCAGUCGUGGCAGCAUCCUGGUCUGGUUGGCUCCUCGACGUCUCCAGCUGAUGCGGCGGCAGCGGUGGCAGCGACGUCCGGCUGGACGCCUGCGUCGUCGGCACCCAGUCACCAAGCUCGUCAUUCGAGCCGUCGUCGCUGGACUUCGUCUGACCGAGCCAAUAGUCACUCCCACAGCCUGGAUCAGAACCUCACCCCUUCCGACGGCGUCGCACCUGGAGACGACGUCGAUUCUCGCGAGACCGAUAUCAGCAACGAUCAGCUCAGCGCACCCAUCGAAGCGCUUCGAGGUCUAGCCGACGCUGCCGCUGCUGCGGCCGAGUCCGAGGGACACACUUCCAACGACUCGAGCGACGAAAAGCAGACGGAAGAGGCCGGUGGAAGGACGAAGCAGGGUGAGUCGAUUGCAGCGCCAUCGCUUCAGCUGGUCGAUGAGGGAGGCAAACGAACGGCGUUCGGGAUGGUACACGAUGGCGAGUCGUCAGACGCGAGCGGUAGGACUCCGAGGAAGAAGAGAAGACGGGACACGCUUGGGGAUUCGCCCAACUCGGCGGUUGCGGCGGCUGGUGGCCUGGACAGCAAGGCGAGCGGUGCGAGUGCAUCGGUUGCGGGAGCCACUAGCGGUGGAGGUGGGCCGAACUCGGCUUCUGCGCCUUCGCCUUCCGGUGGCAGUCGGUCCGGAAAGAUGGAAGCACCCGGUCUUGUUUCCAGCGCCCCCGGCGACCUGGUCACCCUGGGACUAGUCAACGAGACAGACGCCAUCCGUCUCUUCGAGACCUUCCAAAAGGGCGUGCCCAAGUUCAUCUCGAUCUUCCACCUCGAAGACGAAUCCAUGACCACCGAAGAAGCCUACCACUACGUCCGAACCACCUCGUACUUUCUCUUCAACGUGAUGCUCGCCAUCGGCGCCAAAGUCGAAUGCGGCGGGAAGAGCGCCAGUCGCCUGUACCAGACGUGCAUGGCUCAGGCGAAGCGAAAUGCGAAGGAUACCAUGUUCAGUCCGGUUGCGGGCAAGGCAGCUGUACAGGCGAUGGUGUUGCUCGCCGCGUACAGCGAGAAUGGGUGGCUCCCGCUGGGGUUGUCGAUCCGUAUGGCGCAGGAGCUCGGCUUGGAUCGAUCGUUUCAGAAGCUCAUGUCGGCGCUUCCGUCUUCGGGGUACAUUCGUCAUCCGCAGCCUCCACCGCCACCGAAGCAUCUGACGUUCUAUCACAACAGCCCUUCGUCCCACUACACUGGUUCCCCCACGGAUGUCAAUUCCGUCGGGGGUGAAUCGGUGGAUGGCAAGGUGGGUGCAAACGCAGCGGGUGCCAAUGCGGUAGCUGCCAGCGCUGCUGCUAGUGGCAAUGCUGAUGCUGCGGCCAAGAGGGAGUUGGACGAGCUCAAGGAUCUCGCUCGAGGCUCGAGGUUGUGGUUCUUCCUGUUCCUGUUCGACCAUCAGGCGAGCUACGGUGCGGGUAGACCGGCGAUGCUCUCCAAGCACUACGUUCGCAACUGCCGGGCGUUCUUGAAACUCAACUACCCUCUCACCGUCAAAACCGACGCUCGAUUCAUCAGCACGCUCGAGCUGCUCAUCAUCCGCGAGACGCACUACGACGCCAUGGCACCUUACGACCAACCCGUCGACGCGCGCAUGCUAUCCAAGAUGCGCAAAGUCACCGAAGAACUCAACGAAUGGCACCAAUACUGGUCCGCCGACUUUGACACGCGAGGCUACACGCAAGAGUCGUUCUUCCAGCAAUCGCUCGUCCUGCAAUGCGCCUCUGCCGAGCUGUAUCUUACCUGCACCGCGCUGCGCGGCAUCCGCGAUGCAGCCGACGCAGACCAGAUGGGUCCCGAACAGAAGGAACUCAUCAUCCAAGCUACCCGUGCCGCCGACACCUGCCUCUCCAUCUCGGUAAACGCCAAGGAGUAUCGAGAGAUGCUCGGUUGGGCUCCGCACUACACGCACGUCACGGCGGCGUUCGCGUGCGUGUUCCUCAUCAAGAUCGCUCGACUCUUCCCGAGACAGGUCGACACGUAUGGGAUUUUCAGCAAUGCAGAGAGGCUGGCGAGUAGGUUGGCAGAGGUACCGGCGGUCAAGUAUGCGAGGGUGAUCAGGAUUUUGUUGGCGCAGGCGUGGAAGAAGAUCGCGGAUCUGAGUCCGGCGAUCGGAUUGUACGCUGCGUUGGGGGCCGAGGCGACGAGACCGGGCGCGAUCACUCCGGCCGAGAUCAAAAGUGGUGGUCCGAGCGAUUCCGGCAUCAGCCUGUUGUACAAGCUGUUGCACGAGUAUCAGAGCGGUCAGAUCGACGACGAGGCGACGGAGGUGGUGAACAGCAACAAUGGGGUUGGCGAGGGACAGGGUGGUUCUGGAACGAGGACGCCAGGGUUUGGAGAUCUCAUCAGCAGCGGUAAAUGGCUGACUGCGGGUAUCUCGAGUCCCUCUGUAGCAGCAGGGUUGUUCGGUGGCAACGGUUCGGGGACCAUGUCACCGAGCAAGAACUUUUCGCAUCGCGGCAGCAUCAGCGGUAUCGAGUUGCCCGGCAGCUCCGUCGACGGCAUCCCUUGGAGCAGCUUCCUCGCCGCGCCGCUCGAGCACAAUGCCAACGCCAACCAACCUAUCCAAUUACCCGUCUGGAUGCAGGAAAGCACAGGAACGGCCUCAGCUGAUCUAGAAGGUUUUACAGAUUCACUGCAAGAACAGCCCAUCAAGUCACCGGCUACCACCGCAGCAGCAGCAGCCGCUGGAGGAAGGAGUUGGAACCAGCAGGACCACUAUCAAUCCCCCGUGCCGCAUCAUUAUGCGUCUACGCCGUACCAGACUCCUGGAGGAAUGAUGGGUGGUUAUCAGGGUCAGGGUCAAGGUCAUCACAGACACUCGAAUUCGCUUAGCUUGCCUGGUGCUAGUCCAGGGACGACGCAGAUGCAGGUACCACAGCAGCAGCAACAGCAACAGCAGCAGCAAGGAGGAGGCGGGAUGACGUUUGCCGCUUCGACCAACUUCGACAGUGUCUUGUCGGAUCUGGGUCUGCCGUUGGACGGGCUGGAUGGGCUGUUUGUGGAUCUGCCGAUGGGUGGUGCCGGUGGCGGUGGGGCUGGGGGAAGUGGGAUCGGAUCCGUUUGA